AUGUCGCUCACAAAUUGUCGCUUCUAUGAGGAGAAGUAUCCGGAGAUCGAGAGUUUUGUGAUGGUGAAUGUGAAACAGAUAGCGGAGAUGGGCGCAUAUGUCAAGCUUCUCGAAUACGAUAACAUCGACGGCAUGAUUCUUCUUUCGGAAUUGUCGAGAAGACGUAUUCGAAGUAUUCAGAAAUUGAUCCGAAUUGGACGCAAUGAAGUGGUUGUGGUAUUGAGAGUGGACAAGGAAAAAGGCUAUAUCGACCUGUCAAAACGAAGAGUCUCUGCCGAAGAUAUCAUAAGGUGCGAGGAACGGUACAAUAAAUCGAAAUCAGUGCAUAGCAUUAUGAGACAUGUUGCUGAGAAGACCAAUACACCAAUCGAAUCCUUGUACCAAGCCAUUGCCUGGCCACUCAACAAGAAAUAUGGCCACGCCAAUGAUGCAUUCAAACUGAGCAUUACAAAUCCUUCCGUUUGGGACGAAGUCGAGUUUCCUAACGACGUUGUACGAGACGAACUGAAGAGCUACAUCUCCAAGAAAUUGACACCACAUCCGACCAAAGUCCGCGCCGAUGUGGAGGUGACAUGCUUCAAAUAUGAUGGCAUUGAUGCGGUAAAAGACGCGCUGAGAACAGCAGAAGCCAAGAACACCGUAGAUACCCAGGUUAAAGUCAAGCUUGUGUCGCCACCACACUACGUCUUGACAAGUCAAUGUUUAGACAAGGGCCAUGGCAUAACGUUACUGGAGGAAGCAAUUAAGACUAUCAACAGCAACAUCCAUGGGGCUGGAGGGGCGUGUGUGGUCAAGAUGGCUCCUAAGGCAGUGACUGAGCAUGAUGAUGCAGAGCUACAGGCGCUUAUGGAGAAGAGAGAACGGGAGAACGCCGAAGUGAGUGGUGAUGAGGAUUUGAGCGAAAGUGACGAAGGACCUGAGAUUGCUUGA